AUGCUCGAGUUCACUACUCAUGAAUAUUUCCGGAAUCAACACGCAGAGGCAUCUAGCUAUUACAGCCGUUCGGCAGCUACUACCAUACAGCAACUUGCUGGUGAAGGAAAACAGCAGGUUGAGAUCGUUCAAGCUCUAUGCAUGAUGGCACUGAGAGAUAUUGCAGUGAGUGAUCUACCCAGGGCAUGGAUGUCCAUUGGCACAGCGUCACGGCUAGAGAGUAUUCGUAAUCUGUGGAAAAGCAAGUCAAUCCCCGAUCAGGAAUCAGCAGAGGAGAACAGAUGUCACUGGAGCAUUCAUAUGAUCGAGGCCGUCUUUUUCUCUCACAUGCCACGGGCCCCAACAAAUGAUCAGAGCCGGAAAUAUCCACCCAGUGUUGAGCCUCCGCCACCAAUCCCACUAGAUGCGAACGACUACAAUGCACCGGACUUCGAUAAUGCCGUUGGCUCGUCUGAGGACCUAGGAAUCAACACGCACGCGGGGAGAAUGGUAGCAGUCUGGAGUCAAGUCGCUUGCCAUCUUCAUGAAAUCAGACGUGGAGAGGUUCAGAUACCCUGGCUGCCGGAGUCCACGUACUCCAAGCUCAAUCUUGCUCUUUUUGAGUACGAGGCUCAGUUCAACCAGAGACACCUGAUGAGGAGCCUCUUCCCCUUCAAAAGAACUCCAGACGAGAUACAGGCACACCGCGAGUAUUGGAAUCCAUGGUUGACUACGCAUUUAGUAUUACAUGCGUCUCUCGCCUUGUUGAACCAUCCUUUCAUCCAUUUGGUGGCUUUACGCCGCAAUAAAGGUAUGAGCCAGUCCAGGUUGUUCUUGCAACAGGUCGUGGAUCAAGCUCUAUUUCACUCUGGAUGGGUAUUCUGGCUUAUUGGGAUUUUUGAAGAUUUGAAUAUCGAGAUAUCGAAUCCUCUCAUUGGGCUGGCCGUUGCAGCAACAUCGACCAUUCCGUGGCUAUACCAAUUCGUGAAGAAUGCCAAGGUCGCUCACAAAGCCAGCCAGAAUUUAGCCAAGGGACAGAGAUUGCUGCAACGCCUGUCCAAAACCUGGCCAUGCAUGUCACAUAAACUCCAAAGUCUCCAAAGACUCCAGUCCCUUGUCAUUGGAAAGUCACCUGAAGCUGGUGCAGCUGAUACCACGAUUAAUUUUCCACCAUCUAUGAUUUGGGAACUUCUCGAUCCGAUCAUUCACAAUGCCAGACUAUCCACUGAUUAUUCUGACCUACCUACAGAAGGUCUCCCUUACGUCAGUAUACAUGUCACAACAGACUUCUUGCAUCCUCUCGCGGAUGACGAAGGUGAUCAGGCGUUGAGUAACUUCAAUUGGGAAGACAGUCUCAUGUAUGGGAACGACCUGUUGCAGGACAAAUACCCCGCGUCACUUGUUCCCUUUGAUUUCAAUGUAAACUAG